AUUGAGUGUUGAGACAAUCAUAUGAUAUGUUAUAAUGAUUUAAUUAAUAAUUGUGUUAAAACUUGAUUUAUAAAUACAAUUACAGACAUACAAUAUAUAAUUAAAAAUAGAUUUACAACAAAGAUGUGCUCAAAGUCUGAAAUACGUCACAAAGUUUGGUCACAUUUAGAGGACAAUGAUAUAGCACUGCCUCCAAGACCUGUCUUCGAUAGGAUUCCUAACUUUAAGCAGUCAGAUAUAGCUUGCGAUUCAAUCGUUAGGCUAAAGGAGUUCACGAAUGCAAGAGUUAUCAAAAUAAAUCCGGACCGACCCCAGGGUAGGGCCCGAUUCUGUGCACUCCAGUCUAGAAAGAGGCUAUUAGUGCCGACACCGCGUCUCAGCGCCGGUCUAUUCAAUGAAAUCAAACCCCAAGACUAUAGCGAAGAGACGUUAAGGACGUGCGCCUCGUCUCAAGGCGUCAGACAAUUCAGUGCUCCCAUUGGCUUGGAUUCAAGUGUCAAAAUAGAUUUAAUUCUUGUCGGUUCUGUAGCUGUUUCUAAGCGAGGCCAUCGAAUUGGCAAAGGAGAGGGCUAUGCGGACCUGGAGUACGCAAUGAUGGUCAGCACAGGUGUUGUGGAUCCGUUGACAACACUAGUGAUGACAACAGUACACGACUGUCAGGUCUUUGACAGUCUGUCCGACGAUAUGUUCGGCGAACACGACCUCACAGUGGAUGUGAUCGCAACCCCCACUCAACUCAUUCGCUGCGAACCAAGACUUCCCAAACCAAAGGGCAUUAUUUGGUCACUACUGACACGGGAGCGCUUGGAAAUGAUGCCUAUUCUCAAGACAUUCAGAGAUAUGGAGCGACAAAAUGGCAAAUGUGUUGAUUUAUUUGAUUAG